CAUCCUCUAUCAACAAAUAGAUCCUAUAUCGCUCUUUGAAUAGGCUUGUUUACUAAAAAGGGUGGAUAAAGGUAGAAUAAUCAAUUGUGUUGACUUGGUAAAAAGUCGGACUGUUCUGUUGACCCGUUCUUGUGCCAUCUGUUAUCGUCGGUGUCUAGUUACAUUUGAUACAUCGUAUUAUUCCUACGUGUGGGAGGCAGACGAACGUAGGCACGGUUUCCUGCUUUGCGCAACAGUUUUGGAUUUGACUGGGUGUAUAAAAAGCGAGACGAGCGAAGAACUGCUAGACUCGCGACUACCAAAAUGAGGCGCCUUUUCUUCGCGCUAUUUGUGCUUGGAUUUUGCGUUUAUGCAGAAAGUGCAUAUCUCAUCACGUGCUCCCGCGUGUUACGCUCUGGUCACGCAACAAAGUUGAGCGUGAGCUUGUACAACGUGACGACACCAUGGAACAUCACGGCCGUGCUACAAACAACUGACAAGGGAGAGGAAGUGAUCGCUUCCACCAACAAACAAUUUACUGCUGAUGCUCCAGGAGAGCUAGAAUUGAAGGUUCCCGAGGGCUUCAGACCAAACAAGGAGGAGUUCGGUAACGCCAAGCUCACCGUGUCCGGCAACGCCGUGGGCGAAGAUGAAGUUUUCGAGGAGAGCGAGAAAGUUACGAUUGAGCGUCAGAGCAACUCACUGUUUAUCCAAACGGACAAGCCUAUCUACAAACCGGGCCAGACAGUCCGCAUAAGAGUUAUUGGAACAAGACCAGACCUUAAGCCGCUUAAUGGGGAGAUUAAAAAAGUAUCAGUAGAGAGUCCUAGUGGUGUUCGGAUGAUGGAAUGGAACAAUCUACCUUUUACCGAUGGUAUUGCUAGCUUGGAGUUGCCGUUGUCUAGUCAGCCAUUACUUGGGAUAUGGAAAAUAACGGCUGAAGCAAAGGGCGUGAAAGUCGUACAGCAGAUUGAAGUGGCAAAAUAUGUGCUUCCUAAGUUCGAGGUGACCAUUUCGCCUCCACCGUACGUCGCAAUCGACAGCAAGGAAAUCACAGGAACCAUCUGUGCCAAGUACACCUAUGGUCAACAGGUCAACGGGAAAGUCAAGGUCAUUAUCAAGCUGCGUAAACAAUGGUGGUGGCAGCGAGAACGAGAGGGAAAGACCAUCCAAAUAGAGAAGGAGAUCAAGGGAUGUACUGACAUCACUCUUAAUAACAAAGAACUCGGGCUUGAUGACCUUAAGUACACAUACUACGGAACUAGCGUACAGAUGGACGCUGUCGUGACAGAGGGUGCGACUAACGUGUCACGCAACGCUACUACUACGAGAACAGACGUGGUGCCUUACAGAGUGCGGAUGGACUUCUACUCUGGCACUCCAAGGAACUUCAAGCCUGGGCUCCCAUUCUUUGGGCAACUGAGUGUCAAUGCACCUGACGGUACACCCCUGAAUGGCGAGACCAUCACUAUCACCGCCAGCACCAACAAAGGGCAAAUGUUCAGCAAGACAUUUACGUCCGCCAACGGCCUAGUCAAGUUUGUUAUCCGCGAUAUCGACCCUCUGGUCACUUACGUCUCAAUAAAUGCCCGACACGGAUCUGGGAAGAUAUUUGGCGACUCUUAUGGAAUCAGGAAUUGGUAUUCUACCGCUGGUAUCUACUGUACUCCCUGGUUCAGCAAAAGCUGGAGUUUCCUGGAUAUCAAGAAGCAGCAAGCCCCGCUACGGGUUGGAGGAAAAGCCCGCAUCAGCUUCCAAUACACGUUACAAGAGCCAGAACACACUGCCGACUUCAACUACAAGGUGAUGUGCGGUGGCAAGCUUGUUCACUCAGGGAUGAAGAAAAUUAGUUUUAAACUUGAUCCAAGUGUCGUGGAUAUCACGACGCAGGCGCCAACUGCUGCAGACAAUUACACUACAAGUAGCCCACCCAGCACUCGUGAGCACACCACAAGCGAACCCCAGACCACCGCCGCCUCCGUAGUAGAGGCAGGAAUUGGGAAAAUUCGUCGCCCCAAGCCCCCUCCGCCACCCAGGGGACACAAACGCGCACCUCCGGGAAAGCUCUUUGUAGCUAACGGACUCAUAAAGUUUCAGAUCACGCAAUCCAUGAUGCCGUCUUGCCGUGUGCUCGUAUUUUACGUGCGCGACGAUCUGGAGACAGUUGCAGAUAGCGUUACGAUCGAUGUCGACAACAAACUCGAGAAUCAGGUUUCCGUCAGGUUCAAUGAUUCCACGAGGAAACCCGGUGAGCCCGUAACCAUCACGCUGACCGGAGCCCCCGGUUCACGAGUCGCCUUGGCAGCGGUGGACAAGAGCGUGUAUCUGUUAAGAGAAGCCAAUGAGCUCACAGAAGACAAGAUCAUCCAGGUCCUGAAGUCAAAUGACGUGGGGACCACGUGGCAGUACGGGCGCAAAAUGAAGUGCGACAACCCGUGGUUUAGCGGCGUACCAUUGCCCAUCGGCAGAAGGGGGCCUAUCGAGCGAAACAAGCGAGAUAUCCGGUGGGGCGGCUACGGCAGCACCGUGGAUGCGUCAAAGGCCUUUUACGAAGCUGGUUUGAUUUACUUUUCUGACCUCGACGUGGAGACGAGGCCGUGUCCGCGCCAUUACCCUUACAUCACGCGCAUGGGACCGAGUGGGGGACUCGGUGGAGCUAUACCUGAAAAUGGACCGAUUGCUGUGCCGAUGGUGCAGGAACGCCGCCCAGAUCAGACGGGGGUUAACAAGGUCAAGGCCAAGGCCAAUGUCAAGAAGGCCCCAGAGCGCGUGCGCAAGAAUUUCCCCGAGACCUGGCUAUGGACAGAGGAGAAUGUCAAUAACGUCACGGGUGAAAAGGUCAUUACCGCCCAAGUCCCCGAUACCAUCACCAGCUGGUACGCGAGCGCCUUCGCAAUGUCAUCCACCCACGGGAUAGGCGUGGCCCCCUCCUCCUCACUCACAGUAUUCAAGCCUUUCUUCGUCUCUUUCACGUUGCCGUACUCCGUGAUCCGGGGGGAGCGGGUCAGCGUCAUCGUGUCCGUGUUUAACUACUUGUCGCAGUGUUUGACGAUCCGCAUCAAUCUGGCGAAGUCCGAUUUCUUUGAGCUGCACUCGGCCGACAACAGAUCCGUCUGUGUGUGUGGAAACGAGGCUAAGUCGGUCCAGUUCACUCUCACUCCCAAGAAGCUCGGCCCCAUGCCUCUGAGAGUGCGCGCAUCUGACGCGCUCCCCAGCUUGUGCGCAGAGGCUGGUGAAGAGUCUUCUAUUGGGGUCGUGGAUAUCGUGGAAAGGAAGCUAUUGGUGGAGCCGGAGGGAGUAAGAAAAGAGUACACAUACAGCAGUUUCAUUUGUCCCAGAGAUACGGCUGGGAUGUUUAAUGACAAGAUUGAAGUUUCUCUGCCGACCAACAUAGUGGAUGGGUCCGUACACGCCACAGUGUCUGCCAUUGGUGACCUCAUGGGACCCAGUUUGUCCGGAUUAGACGGGCUGCUCCGCCUUCCCACAGGAUGUGGAGAGCAGAACAUGGUGAAGUUUGCGCCAAACAUCUUCGUCAUGCAGUAUCUGAACAGCACACGACAGAUGACGGACGAUGUCAGUACAAAAGCAGUCGGCUACCUCAGAACAGGUUAUCAGAGGCAGCUGACUUACAAGCGCAAGGAUGGCUCGUACAGCGCAUUUGGCGACCGCGACAAAGAGGGAAGCCUGUGGCUCACAGCGUUCGUUCUGCGCUCGUUUGCGCAGGCACGUCAAUUCAUCUUUAUCGACGACAACGAGACGAAUGGUACAAAGGAAUGGAUUAUGAAAAAACAGCAAGAGACAGGGUGCUUUCAACCUCACGGCAAACUCUUCAAUAACGCGCUCAAGGGCGGAGUCAGCACACCUGUCACUCUGACGGCGUUCGUUGUCGUCUCCCUUCUCGAGGCGGGCGUGGCACCUUCGGAUCCUGUAAUCACCAAAGCAAUAAAGUGCAUCUCUUCAAAAAAGAAUAGCGUUACAGACUCGUAUAGUAACGCAAUCCUCGCAUUCGCUCACACAAUUGCUGGUCACGCUGACCGAGACGUGUACAUCGCCAGACUCAAGGCUAAAGCUAUAUUCGAAGGCGGCAUGAUGCACUGGGAAGACAACCAGCCAGAAAGGCCCAAGUCGGAGCAAGGAUUCUGGAUCCCGCCCUACUAUAGAGCAGCGUCCACCAAGAUUGAGAUGACGUCAUAUGCUCUGAUGGCUCUUAUUGGCGACGGUAGCGAUAGCAACGCUUUGGCCGAUGUGCUCCCUGUUGUUCGCUGGCUGACGCAACAGAGAAACGCACUGGGUGGUUUUUCCUCGACACAGGAUACCUGUGUUGCGUUGCAAGCGCUGUCCCGGUACGCAGGCCACGUGUUCGGUGAGAGUACCCGGAUGAGAAUUGACGUGGGUUUCUCUGGUGGUCAGUUCUCGCAUCAAUUCCGCAUAAGCGACAACAACAGGCUCGUGCUACAGCGAGUUGUGGUCCCCCCGCGCAUUCUACCCACCACCAUCCCUAUCGAUGCAUUUGGAGAGGGAUGCGCACUCGUACAGACUGAUGUCUCAUACAAUGUCUUUGAAGUCAAAGAGGAGCCUGCGUUUGACCUUAAGGUCAGCGUACACCAACGUACUGGUCAGACCUUCACUACCUCGGCCACGGAGACUGGGGAAGAGUUAUGUUACCCUCUGGAGCUGAACAUCUGCGCUAAGUGGAAAAGAGAGGACGCUUCUAACAUGGCCGUCAUUGAGACCAAACUUGUGUCCGGCUUCAAAGUGGACGAGGAGUCUCUAGAGAGGCUGACUAAUCGUCAUGACAUCGGGUUCAUGAAGUAUGAAGUCGACGGAAAAAAAGUCGUCCUCUACUUUGACGAAAUUAAGCAUGUUUGCGUAAGGUUCGGUAUCGAGCAAACGAAUGUGGUGAAAAACACCAAGCCAGCCUCCGUCAAGGUGUAUGACUACUACGAUACAGAUCUUGCUGGGACGAUAACAUAUAACAUCAGUGAAGACAUCUGCCAGAAGCCAAAAGAGUCGCCCAAGCCUACCAAUCCGUCUGGCCCUGGGUGCCCUGUGUGUCUAAAUGCUGUAGACAAAGACAUCAUACCACUCCUAUGCAAGACCGAGACGGCAAUCGGCAUCCGAAUGAUGAAAGAUGGCUCAGUGCGCAUGCUCGAGUACUAUGACGAAGUCACUGCCAUCAACGACGACAAGAAACCCGAAAAGAAGAAACACGUGACCAUAGACAUGGUGCUGCAUGACGGGUGCGCAUGCGCAGCCUUGAGCCCGCGAUCCAAAGCAAUGGUUUUCCUACCGGAAAAGAGGAGCAAAGAGAGUUUGCAAAAGCUCCAGCUCGGGAACUUGGCUAUUGUCAUCCCGCGUAAAGCUAUAAGUAGAAAGAUUCUAAAGGCAUGCGAUCCAUGAGAAAAACUGGCCUUAAAUAUACUAUCUUUAUAAAAUACGUCUUUGCUUUUACGUCCCGUCGUUUUUUUUUUUAACUGCGCUUUAAUUUUUUGCGUCAGAUUUCAUUUUUCAAUUCAACAUCGCGUUUUCUACUUUAGUAGAUAAAAGCGAUUUAGGAAACGAAAUUGAGACGCCCUUUUCAAAAGCAUUAUAAUUUUGGAUAAAGAGAAAAAUAGUUGAUUUAUUAGAAACACUGCGUUACCAAACCUAAAAGAAGAAUAAGAUUUGGAUUUAUUUGUAGUGGGAGGUGAGAAGGGACGUUACGAUAGCCAGCUCAAUAAACUAUUUUGCAUGCCCACAGCGUCUAUAAUGCUACGCGCGCGCGAAAGCCGUCAGAUAAAAUAAAAUGAAAAUAAAACAAAGAAAUCAAAUUCGAGUAGCUCAUCACUCUCAUCGCAGCUAGAUGCUGAAUUACGAGAGCGCAGAUUCAGACGUGAUCGAGUUGAAGGCAUGGUAAGGCGCUUCAGGCAGCCUCCAUACAACUCAUGUAAAAAACAAGACAGUUACGGCGAAUCAAUGCACCGCUUAUAACAGAAUAACAUGUCCAACGUGCCACUGUGUACUAUGAUUUAUACAGUAACUAGAUUAAUAUUAUUUGUAAUAAAAAAAGAUCACAUGC